UCUUAGUUUAUGAAAAAAAAAUGGUUUUGUCAUGGACGCCACCCGAUAUAUUCCAACCGUGUUCGGUUCAUAACAAUUUAACUACUUGCCAAUCUUCGACUUUUUUAUUUUUACAAUUGGUGGCUAACUUAUUUGGGUAUUCGCGGGAUGAAAAAAAUACAUACGGGUUCGAUUUUUCUUUUACGAAUUUUUACAAUCCUUUCGAAAGUGAAAAAGCUCAAGUGGAGGAAUUCGAUUUUAUCGUUGUCGGUGCUGGUAGUGCAGGAUGUGUUGUUGCUAAUAGACUGUCCGAAAUUAAAGAAUGGAGGGUACUGUUAUUAGAAGCCGGAGGCGAGGAACCCGUUGUUGCGGACGUUCCGGCUUUCGCUCCAAUGUUACAAGGCUCAAGUAUAGACUGGCAAUACGAAACUCAACCUUCUCCUAAAAGUUGUCUAGCAAGAGAUGAGGGAAGAUGUACUUGGGCGAGAGGCAAAGUUAUGGGAGGAUCAUCAACCAUAAAUUACAUGAUAUAUAUACGCGGACAUCCUGACGAUUACGAUGAAUGGGCUCUUAUGGGUAACCACGGUUGGUCGUAUAGUCACGUCUUACCGUAUUUUAAAAAAUCGGAAGACAAUAGAAAUCAUGAUAGCGAGAAGAUAGAUCCACGUUAUCACGGUGUUGGAGGUUAUCAAACUGUAGAAUUUUUCCCAUACCAAGACGAAAAUACGUUAGGACUUGUGCAUUCGUAUUAUGAAUUAGGUUUGCCGAAAAUAGAUCAAAAUACCGAGGAUCUUUUGGGUACUAUGCUUCUACAAGCUACCGCGAAAGAUGGCGAAAGACAAAGCACCAACGCUGCCUUUAUCAGACCAAUUAGAUACAAACGCACAAAUUUGGUAGUACGAUCUAACUCUCAUGUAACUAGAGUACUUAUAGACCCAAAAACAAAAACCGCUUACGGUGUGGAAUAUCACAGAAAAGGAAAAUUAGUACAAGCUUUAGCAAAGAAAGAAGUAAUUCUUUCAGCUGGUUCAAUUAAUUCUCCAGUUUUAUUAAUGUUGAGUGGUGUAGGACCGGCUCAUCACUUGGAAGAGCGCGGAAUUAAAGUUAUAAAAGACUCAGCUGUUGGAUUCAAUCUACAAGAUCACACCACAAUAGAUGGAGUAGUAUUCCGUUUAACAAAUCAUACUUCUACCUUAGUAAAUGAAGAACAAAUGAAAGCAGAUACUUUUUACUGGAAAAAAACCAGACUAGGUCCGUUAGCCUCAACUGGUCCUUUACAAGCGAAUGCUUUCAUACAAACUAAAUAUGAACAAAGUUCGAAAAGACCCGACAUCCAAAUUUCCAUUGAUGCAGUAAAUACGGAUAACUUUUUUACUGAUCCAAUUCUCAGUUAUAAUACUGCCGUAUUACCUUUGUCUUAUUACAGUGGUAUGAUGGCGAGACCGAUUUUAUUGAAUCCCAAAUCUAGAGGAAGAGUUCUGUUGAACGACACCGAUCCGAUUCAUGGUACACCGUUGAUUUUCGCUAAUACAUUCUUCGAGAAAAUCGAUCUGUUGAGGAUAAUAGAUGGAGUGAAAAGAAGUUUGGAUUUAGAACAUACAAGUUUUUUCAAACACGCGGGAAUAGAAUUAGUAAGAACUCCUUUACCAGCUUGUAAACACGUUCAUUUCGGUACUGACGAAUAUUGGGCGUGUAUAGCAAUGGCAUACACGACUACCAUCUAUCAUCCAGUCGGUACGUGCAAAAUGGGUCCUCAUACAGAUGAAAGCGCAGUUGUUGACCCAGAACUGAGAGUUCAUGGAAUAAAAUCAUUAAGAGUUAUUGAUGCUUCUAUCAUGCCUAAAAUUGUUAGGGGUAAUACUAAUGCCCCAACUAUUAUGAUUGGGGAGAAAGGAAGUGAUUUGAUUAAGCAUAGUUGGUUAAAAGACUAUAAUCAACAAGAUAAAUCGGAAAAUUUAGAUAGUGGUAGCUACGAUUUUUUAAAUUUUGGUAAUUUAUUCAAUGGAUAUUUCAAAUAA